GUGUGUACCUCUGGCUCGAGGGGGCGCGCGCGCCAGCAGCCGUAGGGUUAACCGCGGACGGCGGGCGCGAGAGAGACAGAGCGAGAGUGAGAGAGGCGGGCAAGGAAGGCAGUUGCCGCGGCGAGGAAAGGAGACGAGAGGAGAGGAGAGGAGAAGAGGAGGAGGAGAAGAAGAAGCAGACCCGACCUCCUCCCUCCCUCUUAUCCUGCUUGACCAUGGAAAGCGAGGGCAGUCCCAGGAACAGCCUUGGCAGCCGGACUCUUCGCCAGGAAGAUCUUGUGGAAGAGGUCUCUGGUUCUUUCUUUCUUUUUUCUGCUGCCAUAGCCUAUUGUUCUACAUUGGUUAUAUGAAGAAUAUGAGACGGAUUUACUGCUGAAUGGAGAAACUGUUGCCUCUAGAGAUGGAGACCAGUGCCAGCAACACAAGGCUCCACGUCAUCUCCUGCUACCGUUUACUUCAGCUCUGGCUAUUGCUACUUCUCACUUCAGCAGCUCCAUCAUGCAGCGCUUGGUCUCUUCGCACCCGGGACACGCUGGCACAAGCACGGCCACUUUGCAGCCAUCGCAAUCCCUCAGCCCUCAGAUCCGUUUGCCUCUGGGACAAGAACUUUGCUCCGGAGAAAGGCUCCCUCUCCCUCUUGCAGCGCCAGCGGGCCCUGGCUUCCAGGGGAGCUGGCCUGCGCAGUGCAGCACGGCUGAGGCGCCAGGCCCAGGGAAGCCGGCCUGCCACCCCGUCGGGCUUUGAGGAUGGGCUGUCUUCCUCACAGUACCCCUGGGCCAUAGUUUGGGGGCCCACAAUAUCAGUUGAGGAUGGAGGUGAUGCCAACUCUGCCAACCCAGGCUUACCACCCCUGGAUUAUACCUUUGUCUCGUCAAGUGGGAUGGCGACAGCACAACCCAAUUCCCAUUCACUGUUACACAAUGAAGGGCUCAACCUGCGCCAGACUCCAGCCACACUACGGCCCUUCCUCUUUGGACCUCGAGGAGAGGGUGUGGAUCCUCAGCUGUAUGUUACCAUUACGAUCUCUGUCAUUAUUGUUCUAGUUGCUAUGGGAAUAAUACUCAAAUUCUGCUGGGACCGGAACCAGAAGCGGCGUCAUCACUCCAGCCAGCAAAGCGGACUCCAGCAGCAAGGCAGCCAGCAGCCCUUAACGGACCUGUCUCCCACCACCGUCAGCAUCCUGGGGCCGUACAGUGACUCACAGGCUCCUACGCCAGAGACGGUGGAAACUGCACAGGAUUCCACUGGUGAACCUGUGACCUCUUGGGAGGCAGCAAGAUCCGGCUGCUUUGUGGUGAGACCAAAUGCUGAAGUUUCCAAGGAAUCCCAGAAAACCGGCAGCCUUCCCCUUAGCCCCUUCGUCCUGUGAGUGUGGUGCUGCCACUCCUGACACCGUGGAUCCUUUUGUGCCAUGACCCUCCAUCAUCAUUUGCAGGCCCAUCCUAACAUAGAAAGGUGGGCUCAGGUGCCCAUUGCCAUGCUGGGCUUCUGAGUGGGCUCUUGCCACAGGGAUGGCUGAGGUGGUCUCACGUGAGCAGAGAGGCAGGAGUCAGGGCAAGAGGAUGAGAGCUGUUCGCAUUAUAAUAACCUAAAGGUGUCCAUCUUGUGCCCUAACACACACUGAUAUAUAUUUAUUUAUUAGUAAGCAUGCUUGAUACCCAGGGCAGAAUACUCUGUGUCUCCUCAUCUCAACACCAAUAUUAUUUUUUAAAAAUCAUGUGAUCUGAAGAGCCAGAGUUUAGCCAUCGUCUCUUUCUGGAAGAUGCUGAAAACUGUUAUGCAUUGUGGGAAUGGGCAGAAGGAAUUGGGUGAAGGAGAGUUAGACACCCACGAAUAGUAGCAAACUAAUCAGAUUUCUCCUCUGUUAAUCAGCAUUCCAUAAUCACUCCCAGAUUUACUCAUUUCCUGUGGACUUGCUAUUCUUUGUUCACUAUAAACAUUUUUAUUGUUAGCAAGGGGAAGACGAUAGUAAAAAUAUAACUAGAACACCAGUUGGCAUUGCAAACCACCACCAAGGCUUUUAAAAGCUCCUUGUUUUUUAAUUGGAGACGUCCUGGUUACAAGUGCAUUCAGAUAUAUCACUUCCCAGUGAGCAUAGGUGAGGGAUAAGUAACAAACUCUUAUUUGGUCCCCAGAUAACCUCUCUUAACCACGGUCAAGUAAUGUUUGCCCAAAUAAAAGCUGUUCAGCAAAGCUAUCCGGUAGUGCUAAUUAUGUCGUCCUCUUAUAUGUUGAAGCCCAUUCACUGCUUCCUGAUGGCAGCCAUUGGGAGUUAGUUAUACAUAGCUCAUAAGCUGUCCCUUGAAUAGGCCAUCUUAAUUGCUACAAUAGUCAGUUUCUGUUCCUGAUGGAUGGAUGGGGAGAGGGGGCUACACUCUUUUUGGCCCAGUUUCAAUGCCUACAUCAGGCAACAGAGUACACAUGUCUCCCUUCAAACGGUCUGGAGAACAAGCCCUAUGAGGAGCGGCUUAAAGAGCUGGACAUGUUUAGCCUUCAGAAGACAAGGCUGAGAGGAGACAUAUAUAAAUAUGUGAGGGGAAGUCAUAGUGAGGGGGGGAGCAGGCUUGUUUUCUGCUUCCCUGGAGACUAGGACAUGGAACAAUGGCUUCAGACUACAGGAAAGGAUAUUCCACCUGAACAUUAGCAAGAACUUCCUGACUGUGAAGACUGUGAGAGACUGUGGAACUCUCUGUGGUGGAGGCUCCUUCUUUGGAGGCUUUGAAACAAGAGGGUGGAUGGCCAUCUGUUGGGGGUGCUUUGAAUGCAGUUUUCCUGCUUCUUAGCGGAGAGUUGGAAAAGGUAUCUUCCAACUCAGUGAUUCUAUGAUUCUAUGUUUCAGUUAAAUACAGUUUAUUAAAUGCCUUUUUGAUCAUAGACUCGUAAGAAUUGGAAGGGACCUCAGGGACCAUCAUGUCCAACCUCCUGCUUGCUACAGGAUCUCUAGCUAAAGCAUCCCCAGCAUCCUCUUAAUGCUUCUUUUUGAAGGCAUCAAGAGGAGACCCAUCCCUCUAGGACAGUGGUUCUCAACCUGUGGGACUUCAGAUGUUUUGGCCUUCAACUUCCAGAAAUCCUAACAGCUGGUAAACUAGCUGUAAUUUCUGUAGGCCAAAACACCUGGGGACCCACAGGUUGAGAACCAUUGCUCUAGGACAGGGGUCCUCAAACUAAGGCCAGAUACGCCCCUCCAUGGUCAGUUACCUCACUCAGGGUCAACAUAAGUCUGAAACAACUUGAAAGCAAACAACAACAACAACAAUACUAUCUCAUCAGCCAAAAGCAGGUCCACACUUUCAAUUAAAAUACUAAUAAGUUUCAAAAUGUUCAUGUUAAUUAUUGUAUUGUUUUAAAGUAUUGGUUUUUGUUUUUUGUAUUUUUUUUGUUUUUGUUUUUUGCACUACAGAGAAGAUGCGUGCAGUGUGCAUAGGAAUUCAUUCAUGUUUUUUUCAAAUUAUAAUCCGGCCCUUCAACAGUUUGAGGGACUGUGACCUGGCCCUCUGUUUAAAAAGUUUGAGGAACCCUGAUCUAGGAAGUUGGUUCCAUUGUUAGACCAUUCUUACUGUCAAAAAGUUCCUUCUAAUGUUCAGUUGAAAUCUACUCUUCUGUAACCUCAAACCAUUAGACCUCAUUCUCAUAUACUCUAACGUGGGUUUUCAUGGGCAUCAGCUAGAUACAAAUGGACAGGAGUCCAUAAAAGCUUUGGUUAGAGUAAACCAGUUAGUCCCAGGGGUGGUGCAGAAUUGUUUUAUGCUUUUAGUCAAAAGGGAAAUUUGCGCUCCACUUGUCAAAACCUCUCUUUAUUUAACUAAAAACCGCAGGAGCCCUCCCAACACGUUUGGCAACUCGUGUCUCUAUAAAAUUCAUAAUAAACAUUUGAAGUGAUUAUAAUAUCUUUUUCCUGCCCCAAAACAUUUCAGUAGUUUUUAGCAAUAGUAC